AUGGUCAUCAUCAAGGACUCGAACUUCUUGGAAUUAGCACCUCAACUGCGAAAGACACUUCUUCAGUCUGAUUUCGUUUCAAUCGACUUUGAAUUUCUCGGACUCGACACAACUGCAAUCUCCCUUCACGACACUGCAGAGAAACGAUACGAAAUUCUCCGAGCCAAUGUAAUCAAAUACCGUCCAUGUCAACUUGGAUUGAGCUUUUUCAAACAAAAAUCUAAUAAAGGAUACAAAGCGGACAGCUACUCAAUUCCACUUUGUCAAAGAUUCGGCGCCUCUGAUACAAGCAUUUCGGUAAACUCCCUGCGUUUUUUGUUGGAGAAUAAUUUCGAUUUGAAUCAAGUUAUUACUGAUGGCGUUGAGUUUUGUACACGAGCGGAGAUCAAAAAGUUCGAAGAAGCUUUAUCAAAAGGAACUGCAUUGAGCUAUAUUAGCAAGGACAAACAAAUGAAAGUAGAACAGCUGAAAGUGAUGCUACAUGAGAAAUGUUUUCGUGUGAAAGCAGAAAUGAUCACCCACACAACAGAAGAACCGAGUCAGGACUGUCGACUGAUAAUCAAUUCAGAUAAGCCGGUAUCACUAAAGAUGCCUGCUGGAUUAUGUAGUGUGGAAACCUACAUCGCCAUUCACGAUAUCACGAAUAGUUUCCCACACCUCCUGUUCAGUUUGAACGAAAAAGAUAAAUCAUUGGAUGUUACGAUGCUCCCUGAAACGAUGACGGAAACCGAGAACAAGAAACAGACUAGAAUGCGAUGCACAGAGUCUUUCGAAGGAAUUUCUGCAAUUUUGGAAGCCGCAAUGAUGAUGAGAAAAGUUAUAGUUGGCCACAACAGUCUUCUUGAUGCAAUGUACAUGUAUCAUUAUUUCUUCUCCUCUCUUCCUUUGAAAUAUCGAAAUUUCAAAAGAGAGUUUAACAGCCUUUUCCCAAAAGUCAUAGAUACAAAAAUUCUUGCUCAAGUCAUACGCAUCGAUCUUCCUGGAGUUGGAGAUUCGCUCGAAAGGCUGGGAGACUAUUUUGGAACGGAAAAAUCGAAUAAGACUGUGCCACCAGAGCUUCGCGGUUAUAUUGGACCUUGGAUGAACCCACUCGACGACGAUUCGGAGAACUAUUAUCACAACGCUGGAUUCGAUAGCUAUAUCACAGGAGAAGUCUUUUUGAAGUUAGCUCACACGUAUAUCAACAGGAGAAAUGGAUUCAAAAACGAAAGCAUCGAGUUCAAACGAAUCAUACAGUAUCUCGAAGCACCUAUUCAGAAUCGCCUACCGUUUCAACUCAUGGAUAUGGGAUGUUGUCAUUUAGCCGGUGAAGAUUCCAAAGGUUGUCGUCCGGAUGUAAUCACUAUUGUCAGACGAGACUUACGUCCGAUUGGGGAAGAAGAAUUCAAGCAUCAAGAGAAAAUCCUCUCGUCGCUAAUGGCAACGUAUCAGUUUGAUAUUGAAUGGUCAAAAGAUCGCAAAGAACUUCUUCUCGCCACAAAUACUCCAGGAUCAUACGCGUUUCUGUGUGAAAAAUUCUCGAAAAAUGACAAUCUCUCUCCGUUAGAUGAGCUGGAAGCCGGAAAGAAGUGGACUUUCGAGCAACGACAGACAUCGUGGCGCAGUUUCAAAGACGCGAGCAUGGGAGUUGUUGACUUUAUGAAUAGGUUUGUCUAUAUAACAUCUGCUUGA